AUGGCGACGUCGCUUCGACUUCACGUUCAUGGAAAGAUUGCCACUCAACGUGAUUUCAUUACACUGGCCACAAACACUUGUUACAUCAGUACAGGUCAGUAUCUCUAUCACCUCAUCUCGGAGGUCAGUGGCCUCCGAUCUCCUCUCCGGACAAUCUCCAUGAUUACAAACACUUGUUACAUCAGUACAGGUCAGUAUCACUAUCAUCUCAUCUCGGAGGUCAGUGUCCUCCGAUCUCCUCUCCGGACAAGGUCCAUGAGUCCCGUAGGCUCUUCCGAGCGCGCUUACGUGCCGGGAGCUGGCUUUGAGGCAACAACGGUGUUGGAAUUGCCGGACUUCGACUUGAAAGUGAUCGUGCGAUCAUUAUUGAUGAUAAUCUCAGUGACCGCACCCGCAUCUUCCUCGCGCAGAAUAUGCUGCUUGAACCCAACCGUGACCUCCGAGUUGAAGAGCGCAAAAGUCGUAAUCUUGGCCGCACCUGCCGCUGCAACCGCCGCAGCAACAGCGCCCGGACCCGUCAGGCUCGACGGCAGUGUCGCAAGGGCCGCCGCCGCAGCUGCGAUGGCCUCCGGCGCAAUGCUCUCGAGUUUGUCGAGGAUGUCGCGAAAGUUGUUGGGGUUGGAGUAG